AUGGAAGUUUCCAACAACCGUCUCUUCCGAUGGUCCAAGCCUGAAUGGCUGAAUAACUCGACCGUCCGCAAUGCGGGCGUCUACACGUCGGGAGCUUUGUUCUCCCUUGGGUUCUUCUUCCUCGUCGAUGCGGCCGCAUUCUCACACAGCUCGCUCAACGGGUCAAAUGUAAACGUCAAGUUCGUUGACUGGAUUCCCGGCAUCUGCUCGGCGCUCGGGAUGUUGGUGAUCAACUCGAUCGAGAAGUCGCGGUUGCAGGCGGAUAGCUUCAGCUAUAGCGGGAGCGGAGUGGCCUGGAAGGCGCGGUUUGUGCUGUUCCUGGGGUUUGCGCUUCUCGCGGGCGGCUUGGCCGGGAGUGUGACUGUCAUGGUCUUGAAAUAUUUGAUCAAGCAAUACCCGCUACCGACGCUGUAUUUUGGAAUCGCUAAUGUCGUUGCCAAUGGCUUGGUCAUGCUAAGUACUAUUGUUCUAUGGAUCUCGCAAAACAUAGAAGAUGAUUACACCUACAACCUCGCGUUGUAG